AUGGUUUACAAGCAUCGUAAUAUCAUGCAGAAAUUGAAAGUUCUUUCCGGGCUAUUUGGAGAUAAUUUUCUCAUACCUCUUCAAGAGAAGAUUGACGAAUGGAAAAAGUCAGUUAACAUUUUUGAUAAGGAAAACUCGAAAGAAUACAAAAAAGCAAAGCAAGAUUUGAAAAAGGUCACACUGGAGACCGUUCGUAUGCAGAAGAAAGUCAAUAAAAAAGGAAAGUUUGGUCAUAAACAAGAACUGGAGGCACUUAUGAGGAUGCGCAAUGCACAGUUUGGUGUGUUUGAAGAACAUCAGAAACGAGCUUUAAGGAAAGUUUUGAUUGAGGAACGCUCGCGUUAUUGCAGUUUUGAAUUUGUUUCAACCGAUCGUGGUAAGAUUUUGGAGCAAGAAGUCUCCCUUAUUGAUGAUGCACAGAAUUUAUCGGUUUUGUUACAAGAAGCUGCUCGCCAAUGUGAAAAACCAUACGAACUUUCUCAAGCAGGAGAGCAUAUGAUUGAAGAAUUCAAAAUUUCUGAACGUGGCUUUUAUGAUGAACAGGGUACUCCUCCUAACAGUCCCACAGGUCGGCAUCGUAAGAGUUCAUUCAGUUUAUCUUCGGAAACUUCCUCUCGUUCCAGUUCUCCUACAUCUUGCGAUGGUUCUCCAGAGAAGGGUACGCUUACACGUAGUAUGAGCUUGUCAUCCGCAGUGGUGAACAGUAAACCUGCGCCCCCGGAAAGGCGAAAUAGCGUCGUCACUACUCAACGUGGAAACUAUUUUAAAAAAAAUUUUCCAACGUCUCGUAUUUCGUUAACGUCGCUAGAUUCUUCAACGAACCAGUCAUUUUACUCGUCUUACUCAUCGUUAGACUCACAAUCAGUUGACUGUCCUCCUCCACCUCCUGCCCCUCCAAUUUUACCACGUGCACCCCCCAGUCCUAACCCUAGUGAAAUGAGUUUUCCUCCACCACCACCAAUGGAACAACUAAUGAGAGGUAAAUUAUAA